UGCAGAAGGUGCUGGAGCCGCUGCGGGCGGCCCCGGUCGCAGGAACUGUGAGGCCCCAGCCUCGGAGGCGGCGGGGGCGGCGGCCGGCGGAGACGGGGGCGGCGGCCGCGCCACCGCUGCCGCUGCUGCUGUCACAAAAAGGCUCUGGGGGGUGGGGUGGGAGGCGGGGAAGCGGCGGGGGCGCCGCCGACAUGGGCCCGCCGCCGCCGCCGCCGCCGCUGUGAGUUGCCUGCUUCCCCGCGGGGCGGCCGGCGUGGGCGGGGGCGGCGCGACCCUCCGAGCGCCGGGCAGGGGGCUUCCAGGCCGGCGCGGGGGCGGGACGGACAGCCCCACACCGACAUGUAACCAUGGACUGCAGGACCAAGGAAAAUCCAGAGAGAACCUUUGACUUGGUAUUGAAAGUGAAAUGUCAUGCCUCUGAAAAUGAAGAUCCGGUGGUAUUGUGGAAAUUCCCAGAGGACUUUGGCGACCAGGAAGUACUACAGAGCGUGCCCAAGUUCUGUUUCCCCUUUGACAUUGAAAGAGUAUCCCAGAAUCAAGUUGGACAGCACUUUACCUUUGUACUGACAGACAUUGAAAGUAAACAGAGAUUUGGAUUCUGCAGACUCACAUCAGGAGGCAAAAUUUGCUUGUGCAUUCUUAGUUACCUGCCAUGGUUUGAAGUAUAUUACAAGCUUCUAAAUACUCUGGCAGAUUACUUGGCUAAGGAACUGGAGAAUGAUUUGAAUGAAACUCUCAAAUCACUCUAUAACCACCCAGUACCAAAGGCAAACACUCCUGUCAAUUUGAGUGUGAACCAAGAGAUAUUUAUUGCCAGUGAGCAAGUUCUGAAAGAUCAGCCCUUCCUAGUACCGCAUUCCUACUUCAUUGCCCCAGAUGUAACUGGACUCCCAACAAUUCCUGAGAGUAGAAAUCUUACAGAAUAUUUUGUUGCCGUGGAUGUGAAUAAUAUGCUGCAACUAUACGCCAGCAUGUUGCAUGAGAGGCGCGUCAUUAUUACCUCUAGCAAAUUAAGCACUUUAACUGCCUGUCUCCAUGGAUCAGUUGCCCUGCUAUACCCAAUGUACUGGCAGCACAUAUACAUCCCAGUGCUUCCGCCGCACCUGCUGGACUACUGCUGUGCUCCGAUGCCAUACCUGAUUGGAAUACACUCCAGCCUCAUAGAGAGAGUGAAAAAUAAAUCAUUGGAGGAUGUGGUUAUGUUAAAUGUUGACACAAACACUUUAGAAUCACCAUUUAAUGACUUGAACAACCUACCAAGUGAUGUGGUCUCGGCCCUGAAAAAUAAACUGAAGAAGCAGUCUACAGCUACAGGGGAUGGAGUAGCUAGGGCCUUUCUUAGGGCACAGGCUGCUUUGUUUGGAUCCUACAGAGAUGCACUGAGAUACAAACCUGGGGAGCCCAUCACUUUCUGUGAGGAGAGUUUUGUAAAGCAUCGUUCAAGUCUGAUGAAACAGUUCUUGGAAACUGCAGUUAACCUCCAACUUUUCAAGCAGUUUAUUGAUGGUCGACUGGCAAAAUUAAAUGCAGGACGGGGUUUCUCUGAUGUAUUUGAAGAGGAAAUCACUUCAGGUGGCUUUUGUGGAGGGAACCCGAGGUCAUAUCAACAGUGGGUGCAUACAGUCAAGAGAGGAGGUGCACUGUUUAACACAGCAAUGACCAAAGCAACUCCAGCUGUACGGACAGCAUAUAAAUUUGCAAAAAAUCAUGCAAAGCAGGGAAUAAAGGAAGUGAAGAGUAAGCUAAAACAUAAGGAAAAUGAAGAAGAUUAUGGGACCUGUUCUGGUUCUGUACAAUAUACACCAGUUUACACAUUACACAAUGAAAAGGGAGGAAAUCUAGAAAAGCGUAAGCUUGCCCAGGGACGCUUGAAAAGACCUCUUAAGAGCCUUGAUAGUGCUCUGUAUGAUGACGACCAUGACGAGAGAGCAAGCAAGUUAUCCUCUGAAGAUGGAGAAGAAGCUUCUGCUGAUUUUUAUGAAAGCGAUGACUCCAUUGAAGCAAGAGUAAAGACUCCUUACUCAGGUGAAAUGGACCUACUAGGAGAGAUCUUAGAUACACUGAGCACACACAGCUCUGACCAAGGAAAGCUGGCAGCAGCGAAGAGCUUGGAUUUCUUCAGAUCAAUGGAUGAUAUUGAUUACAAACCUACGAAUAAAUCCAAUGCACCUAGUGAGAAUAAUCUGACCCUACUUUGCAGUGGUUCUGGUGACCAAGUAGAGUGGCAUCUCGGGCAAGAUGAUAGUGCCCUUCAUGGCAAACACCUUCCUCCAUCUCCCCGGAAGCGAGUUCCCUCUAGUGGUUGGACAGAUUCUCUGUUUAUCCUGAAAGAGGAAAACAAUGAAAAACACCUCAGUGUUGACAAUGUGAGGGGACCCGCGGUCACAGAAAAGGCAGCUUCUGCUUCAGAACUGGAUUUCCAGUUAGCUUUGCCUGAAGUUUCUGAAGAUGAAAAGUGUAAAACAGAAAGGAAGGAAACACUAAGCCAGAUUUCAGAUGAUCUGCUUAUACCCAGCCUUGGGCGACAUUCAUCUACUUUUGUCCCUUGGGAGAAAGAAGGAAAAGAAGCCAAAGAGACUUCAGAUGAUAGUGGACUGCUUCAUGAAGUGGUGUCAUUAUGUCACAUAACAUCUGCCUUCCAGCAAGACUUAAACAUUUCAGAGGAAAACACAAGUGGAAACCAAACUUAAAUCAACAGUUAAGAGUCAUGUGCAUCUAAGCUUCUAUGGAGACAUUUUAGGAUUCCAUGUAAUCUCUAUAGUAAACAGAAUUAUAUGUAGGAAUGACAGUUGUUGGACUGUCUAAAAAUUAUUGUUCAUUUGGAGCAUACAUUUUUCCCACUCAUUCAUCUCGUGAGUGUGAUUAUAUAUUGAUUGAUUUUUUUAAAUGUAAAGCUAAUUCUCCUACUGUGCUCUUAAAUCAGGUACUAGUUUGUAUGUAUGUUGGAAGUAUAUGUUGAACAUAUGAUUUCCCAGUAUUUGGUGCUUAAUGCCAUUCAUUUAUUUAAACUAAGUAUGCAUAUAUAACCCUUGCACAUAACCAGUAGCUACUAUUCUAAUCUGGUUGAGCAUGAACUGAUCAGGAUAUCAAAACUUCUCAAAACUAGCCUGAAACUACUGAAACUGUUGACCCACUAACUGCCUUAAUCUUAAGCCUAUAUUUAGCAUACUUUAAUAAUUUAUGGAAUUACCUGUAAAUUUUGAAGAAUAAGUUAUAAGUGUUCUGCAGAGCAAUAAUGCCUUUUUCUAUUCAUUGAAUCAAGGACAAAAUUAAUUUUUCAAAGUUAAAAAGCUCUCUUGUGGACACUGCAGCCAUGUUUUCCAAAACGUAUAAAGGUACACAUUUACCUUUCACUCAGUGAAAUAUAUGAAGUGCUGAAUUACAAUGUGAAAUUGAUGACUUCUGUUUACAAAUGAGACACUUUAAAUUUUUUUCCCAGUCUCUCUGUAUGCCUUUGCUAUCUAGGAAUCCAGUCCCAGAAAGCCAAACAUAACAUGAACUAUCCU